AUGAUUGCUGAAAGCUAUCGACGUCCAAGAGGGCGGGUGGAGAACAAGUUGAAGGAUCUUGGAGGUUACUUGCCAUUAUACAAAGCAGUAGUUAAAGGUGAGUGGAAUAAAGCCAGGAAGUUCUUGGACGACGAUCCUGAGGCGUUAACAGCUAAGAUCACCAUAGCCUCAGAAACAGUACUCCACAUCGCGGUUGGCACAGGGAAAGAUCUUGAAUUUGUGGAUAAACUGAUAAGGAGGAUGUCCCCUGAAAACUUGGCACUGACUGAUCAAAAUGGGGAGACUGCACUAUCAGUAGCUGCAGUGGUUGGCAACAUUCGAGCAGCUAAAUUAUUGGUGAGCAAAAAUCCUGAUUCGCCUAAUAUUUCAGGCAAAUUAGGCUUGCCUAUUCAUAGGGCAUCGCAGUAUGGCCAAGAAACAAUGAUCCGGUAUUUGUUGGAUGUUACUAGAGAUGACAUUGAGUCGAGUCCUUUUGCAGGCGAAUCUGGUGGUAAACUCCUCAUUGACAUUAUUACUGCCGAAUUUUUUGGAAUUGCUCUCUAUUUGGUUGGGCGGUACCCGGAGAUGGCCACAGCUGAGGUACAUGGUGUAGGUUCCCCCUUGUCUGUGCUAGCCAGAAAGUCUAAUGCUUUCCCCAGUGGUGCUGUUUCACGUUGGCAUUUACUAUUCGAUUAUCAUGUUAAAUUCCUUCAACAAAUCCAACAAAGAGCACAAAUGCAACAUAACGCACUUGAGCUUGUAAAAAGCUUGUGCACAGAGAUACUAGAGUUAGAUGAUGCCAAAGCCUUCUCUUUACUUCAACAACCACUUCUGAUCGCCGCAAGGUUAGGCACUCAUGAAAUUAUAGAAGAGAUUGUAGAGGCAUUUCCUCCAGCAAUUUGGGCUUCAGAUGAGGAGAAUCACAACGUUUUUCAGUUAGCUGUCUUACAUCGUCAAGAAAAUGUUUUCAAUCUUAUAUAUCAAAUGAGUGAUUACAAGCAUCUAAUUACAAGAUAUAUAGAUCACCCACAUGAUAAUAAAAUAUUACAUUUGGCCGGUGAGUUACCAUCUUCAGACCGGCUUAACCUUGUCUCAGGUCCAGCUUUACAAGUUCAACGGGAGUUGCAAUGGUUUAAGGAAGUGAAGAAGUUUGUGCAACCGGGUCAAAAAGAGGCGAUAAAUAAAGAUGGAAAAACCCCAUGGAUGGUCUUCAGGGAGGCACAUCAACAACUGAUGAAAGACGGGGAAGCAUGGAUGAAGACUACAGCACAAUCAUGUACAGUUGCCGCGACACUGAUUGCAACAGUAGCGUUCAAUGCAGGACUACAUAUUCCUGGAGGUAACAACAACCAAGACGGCCAACCCCUGUAUUCUUACCAACCUGCCUUUGGUGCAUUUGCAGUGGCAGAUGCGAUUUCCCUUUUCUCUUCAGUCACUUCCAUCCUUAUGUUUCUGUCAAUCCUAACAUCACGUUACUCAGAAGAUGACUUCAGAAUUGCGCUGCCAAGAGGGUUGGUUGUUGGAUUGAGCAUGCUUUUUAUUUCCAUAUUAAGCAUGAUGAUAGCCUUCAGCUCAGCAAUCUACCUUGUGUUCGGUCUUCAGAGGGCUAGGACUGUGAUUCCGGUGGGUUCGGUUCUUGUGCUGCCAGUCACCUUGUACGUGUUGUUGCCCCCUCUAUAUCAAAUUAUUUUCAAGUCCAAAAGUAUUGGUCCUGGCAUUUUUGGCAAACAAAGUGCCCGCAUACUUCACUAAGUACAUACGAUUUUGUAAAUGUUGCAUCCACGAAGUAUGGAAUGCGUUGACAUAUACUACCAAUUUUUUUUUAUUUAUUUAUUUUUCUUUUUACAGAUAUGUACAAGUACUUGCAACUUAAAUCAUCCUACCUGUUGGAAUGGAAACUAGUUGUGCUAUUUUUGACAAUGAAAAGUUGUACCGUUAUUCUUAGCUUAUUUUUCUUAAUUUAUCAUACAAGUAAAUAAUAAUGAUUUUUAUUUUUUAUUUUUAUUUUUUGAAACAAAAACAGUAAUGAAAUUGUUACAAAGGAAAAGGUUGAUUAUAUAUGGAAGACCUUUUCCAUAUAAACACGAGGUAGCCUAGCUAAAAACAA